AUGGACUCUCAUCCGCAACUGGCCUUUCGCAACUCAUCCACGCAGCGGUCCGAAUUCUUCAACAAGCUCAAACCAUGCUGUCUUGAGAUCGCCAAAGCACUGCGCAAAAGCGGUGGCCGCGAUGCCGAUCCGCGGGAGGCGGCGGCUGCGGCCGCCAGCAUGACGUCGCAGACAGAUGUUCUGUACGGCCUCCUGACUGACCAGGUCGGGUAUGAUGCCGCCGUGCUGGACGCUUCUAUGGCGGACUACGCGUCGUUCCCGCUUCUGACGAUCCUGCAGCACAUGACGUCGUACCCGGCGCGCCUGUUGGAGAACGCCACAAAAUGUCUGCGGGUGCUGAUCCAGUACGGCUGGCGGACCUCGAUUUCGGGCGAGAAUGCACAGCGGCUGCUCAUUCUCCUGACGACCGUCGUCACAGGCGGCCGGCCCGCAGGGCGAACAGACAAAGUCGUCCAGGUCCAGACCCAGGCAAUUUUGCCCGAAGAGACGGUGGCCGAAGGCUACCGCGCGUUAGCGGCACUGAUGAAGACAGCCGGCGCGGCGACCGCCAAACCCGGCUCGGCCGAGUCACCAUUGGUCACGGCCAAUGUGGUGCCCGUGCUGGCACAUGCCGUGUCGGUGAUGCUCGAGGGCGUGACGGACUCCAUCAUCCCGACCAUCCAGAUCGAGGCGCUCGGUGCGCUCGCGGCGCUGUACACGACAGUCAAGGACCAAGAGGCGCUGGCCUCGUUUCUGCCCGGCACGGUAUCCGGACUCGUCCGUGUGGUCGCGCAGCCGGGCGCACACAAGACGCAGAAACGCGUGGUCGUCCGGACACUCGAGGUGCUGUUUGUGGUGCUCGUCAACACCCUGGGCGACCUGCAGACAAGGCGUCUCCAGAGAGACAACGUUGGCGAGGGCGACAAAGACACAAAAACGAAUAAAGAAGAGCCUGACAACGAGGUGGAAGAAGAGAUUAUCAGCGAUACCGUAUCGUCCUCGGAGGUACUUCCAUCGCUGAUACAAGCACCGUCACAGACAGCAGAGAAGAAGCAAAAGCUCGACAGAGCAUGGCUCCACGCGACAGCGGCACAGAUUAAGCUUGCACUCAGCAGUGUGUUGAAGCUGCGCAACCACGAGUCCGAGGACGUCCGCGACGCUGUGCAACAAUUUUGCGUUGGACUAUUGGACGAAUGCCACAUGUCUCUCGCCGACAGCACGUCCAUUCUUGUCGAGAGUGCGAUUGUGACGUCGCCGACAAAAGUGGAUGGCGACGGCGGCGACACUCUCGAUUCACUAAACAACUCUACCGCCUUCCGCAGUUUUGGUCCGCAGACAACGCUGCAUCAUCUCGCUAUGCUAUAUCCUGAGCUCGGCGAUGUAAUCAAGGCGACGGCGUACAACUGGGCCACCAGCUUACCCCGCGCGAUGCAGGCGAGCGACGAAGUCGUCAAGCAACAGGCGCUGCGCAACGUGCAAAAAGCCGUGGCUAUAGUCGAGAACCUGCAUCUGGACUCGACAGUGCUGCAGGCAUCGCUAUCGGCGGCGUUACGGGACAGCAUUUCCACGCUGGUGCACGCGUCGGCUGGGUCACGGGCGGCCGUGAGCGAGGCCGUAUCAGAAGAUGCCAUUCUGCAAUUGGCAGACAGUGCACCGGCUGAGGCAGAUGGCAACCCCGACAGAAAGCUGGCCACCAACGGAAGCACUCAGUUGGCAACACAAUCCAUGGCUGUCUACAAGCCCGUCCUUCUCGGUCUGGGCAGCCAAAAAGACACGCGCGAUUCCGUGCUGGACCUGAUUGCGCAAGUUGGCCCGCCUGCGCAACAAGCACUGCUGGCGGGCGACAUGCUGGACGUGGCACGGGACGCCGAGGGGGUAGACCAAGUGUCUGCGUAUUGGCUGUCGUUUGAGCUGGUCAAGGCGGCAUUGUCGGGUGUCGAGGACGACCCGGACAGCUUGUUGGACUUUUCAUCGCUCAACGAGGAAGCCAAGGCCGACGCCGAGGCGGUGUUUGAGGACCUGUUUUCGUAUUCGGUGUCUGCACUUGCGGCACAUUCUGACGUCACGUCCGUUGUGUCGACGGCCGACGGUGAGGUGGAUUGGCGUGUCGGGGCGAUUGCACUGGAGGUGACGGCGUAUGCGGCGGCCCGUCUUGGUGAGGCGUUCCGACCAGAGCUGAUUGACGUGCUGUACCCGAUCGCGACGUACCUUGGCGCGCCCGAGGACCGGCUGCGCGCACACGCCGUGGCGACGCUGAACAGCCUGGCCUCGUCGUGCGGUUACGACAGCGUGUCUGCAUUGAUUGUGGACAACGUCGACUACAUGCUCAACUCGGUGUCGCUGCGGCUGAACACGUUUGACAUUUCGCCGGCCUCCACACGGGUGCUGACCAUGAUGAUCCGCCUGGCGGGAGCGCGGCUGGUGCCGUACCUGGACGACGUGGUGGCGGCCAUCUUUGCGGCGCUGGACAACUACCAUGGAUACCCACUGUUUGUGGAGAACCUGUUUUCCGUGCUGAGCGAGGUGGUGCAGCAGAGCGUCCAGCCGUCGUCGGCGAGGCACCUUUUGGAGGAUGGCAAGGGCUCAAAGAAGGCGAAUAUGUCGGCGUCGUCGGCGUCAGCAAAGAAUCGGAAAAGACGCCCUGACCCGUCAACGACCAACGAUCUUGUGGCCAUUCUGGAUAGGCGGACAAAGCGUCGGAAGGAGAUGGAAAGAGGGGCCGAGGACGAUGGCGUGGAAGAGAUUGGGCAUCCAAGGCAGCCGUGGAAGGAGGCGGCAUCCGAGGCUGACAAGCUACUACGCAAGCAUGAAAAAAGGAGGACAGAUGGAGAGGGGAAGGAGGAGGAAGAUAACGACGACGACGACGACGACGACGACGACGACGACGCCGAGCCGACGGAUACCAGCAAGGAGGGCAACGAGGUCGGUAAACCAGAAGACCCCAAGACGCCCACGUACGCACUGCUCGCACGCAUCACUACGUUAACCCAGCACUACCUGACGGCGCCCACGCCGACGCUGCGCAAGUCGCUGCUGGACCUGCUGGGAACGGUGGCGCCGGCGCUCGCCUCAGCGGACGAAAACGCUUUUCUGCCGCUCGUCAAUGCAGUCUGGCCGGUGGCGGUGGCACGGCUGUACGACCCGGCGCCCUAUGUCAGGAUGGCGGCGUGCGAGGCGCUGGCGGCGCUGUGUGCGAGCGCGGGUGAUUUCCUGUCGACGCGCAUCAAGGCCGAGUGGCAUGCAAAACUGGGCGGCUGGGCGACACGGGAGAAAGCGGCAGCAGCCGCCAAAGUGGUGGCGUCCACGUCUACAGCAUCUUUGACGGCGGCUACAUCUACAGCUACGAUGCCCACACGGUCCGCCGGUCCCAACGCACAAUUCGGCGGCCGGCCGUCGACGAUUCACAUCCACCAACGGGCGACAGCGACGCGGUCUCUGUCCACCUCCCAACGAACAGGCGAGGAGCAGCUGGUGCCCUCGUCGUCGUCCUUGUCGUCCGUCUCCACUGGCCUCGGACGUUUUGCGCAGGCCGUCCAAAUCUGGGAGGCUCUGGCUGGCCUUCUCACAGCCGUUGUCACGUAUGUGAAACUGGACGACGAUGUCUACGACUCCAUCUUGGAGCUGCUCUUGGGCACGUCGGCGUCGCAGAGCCGCACGCUGCCGGUAUCGGAUGAGCGUCGGGCACGCGAGGCGCUCGCCGUAGUCAAUGCAGACGCAGUGUGGCUGGCGCGGUAUCGGGUGGGGCAGCUUUCAAAGAGGCGUGACGACGAUGCAGCUGAAGACGAUCACGACGCCGCAUGGAUGAUGGCAACACCACCCGUCUUGGCGGGCGUGCAGUUUGUGCCUCUUGUCGGGUAG